AUGUACGAUUACCUCCCGAACCCGGCACUGAUUUACCAGGGACCGGCGCUGCCGCGUGCCCCGCUGAUCUUGAUCCACGACGGUGGUGGUACUAAUUUCAACUAUCAUCUAUUGAGCCAGAUUGGCCGCCCGCUAUGGGGUCUCGCGAACGCUAGGCUCCACGAAGGUGGCUGGUGGGAAGGUGGUAUCCCUCAGAUGGCCGCCUACUACGUCGGACUCCUUUCUAAGGCUAUCCCCGAGGGCGGCGAUAUCCUCCUCGGAGGUUGGUCACUGGGAGGGCUCUUAUCUCUUGAGAUGGCGCACCGGAUUGCCGUAGCGAGGCGUGACGGUGGUACGGGGGCUAAGUUUCGGGUUAAAGGCAUGGUCUUCAUCGACAGCCUCUGCCCAAGCUACACAGACGAGAUGCGGGCACGGUUACCAUCUGAGCCCGUAGUGUUAUCAGCCCAGGAGUCAGAGGCUAUGAAGCUAAAAGAGAAAGUCAACGUGAACAUGACACAUGCCCGCGUUAUGGUGUCAUUCUGGGAUUUACCACGCUGGGAGGAUGGGCUGCAAGCACCGCCGACUAUCCUCCUGCGAGCGAAAGAGUGGUUCAACCGCGACCCGUCUAAGAGCUUCGUCGAUUUCACGCGGGAAGACCGACUUUUGGGCUGGAGUAAUUACAAUGAGGAACAUGGUAGUUUCAUCAAAGAUAUUGUGGAUGUAGAAGGUCACCACUUUUCCAUCUUCGAUUUUAAUUAUCUUGACGAUGUCACGAGGAAGAUCCGCGCCGCAGCAGACCGGUUAGAUCCGUUUGGGUAUUAA